AUGGUGAGUGCCAACAAUGUGACUGAGUUAAUUAUCACCGGUCUCUUCCAGGAUCCAGAGGUGCAGAGAGUGUGCUUUGUGGUGUUUCUUCCCGUGUACUUGGCCACAGUGGUGGGCAAUGGCCUCAUUGUUCUGACGGUCAAAGUCAGUAAGAACCUUCACUCCCCCGUGUACUUCUUCCUUAGUCACCUGUCUCUGGUGGAGAUCAGCUACUCCUCCACUGUUGUCCCUAAAUUCAUCACAGACUUACUUUCCAAGAUUAAAACCAUCUCCCUGGAGGGCUGUGUGGCUCAGAUAUUCUUCUUUCACUUCUUUGGAGUUGCUGAGAUCUUCCUGCUUACAGUAAUGGCCUACGACCGCUACGUGGCCAUCUGCAAACCCCUCCACUACACAACCAUCAUGAGCCGGCCUGUGUGUCACCGUGUGGUGGCUGGUUCCUGGCUGGGGGGCUUUCUUCACUCCAUGGUUCAGAUCAUUGUGACUCUCCAGUUAUCCUUCUGUGGUCCCAACGUGAUCGACCACUACUUCUGUGACCUCCAUCCCUUGUUCAAGCUCGCCUGCACUGACACCUCUGUGGAGGGGGCUGUUGUGUUGGCCAACAGUGGAGUAUUGUCUAUAUUUUCCCUGCUUAUCUUGGUGACCUCCUACAUUGUCAUCCUGGUCAACCUGAGGAACCGUUCAGCAGAGGGGAGGCGCAGGGCCCUCUCCACCUGUGCCUCUCACAUCGCGGUGGUCACGCUGUUCUUCGGACCCCCCAUCUUCCUCUACAUGCGGCCCCCCUCCACCUUCACUGCGGACAAACGGGUGGCCAUGUUCUACACGGUGGUCACCCCCAUGCUGAACCCCAUCAUCUACACCCUCAGAAAUGCUGAGAUGAAAAUCGCCUUGAGGAGGUUGUGGGGCAGGAACGUGAACUCAGGGGUGGAAUAA